AUGUCUUCUCCCUUCCCUACUGUUGCACUGAAAGUUCAAGGCGUCCAGAUUUUGGGCCCAAUCCCUGCUGAGGCUAAGCACAUCUUCAGCCAGGAGGCUUUGGCAUUGGUUGCAACGUUGCAUCGUAACUUCCAACCUCAAAGAAAGAAGUUAUUGGCUAACAGAAAGGAGCAGCAGAAGUUAAGAGAUUCGGGCGUGUUGCCAGACUUCUUGCCUGAAACCGAGUACAUCAGAGAGGACCCCACAUGGACUGGACCUCCAUUGGCUCCAGGUUUGCGUGACAGAAGAGUGGAGAUCACUGGUCCAACCGACAGAAAGAUGGUGAUCAACGCCCUCAACUCGGGUGUUGCCACUUACAUGGCUGAUUUCGAGGAUUCGUUGACGCCAGCCUGGAACAACUUGGUUGAUGGCCAGGUGAACUUGUAUGAUGGUGUUCGUAGAAACUUGACUUUCAACGCCAAUGGCAAGGAGUACAAGUUGAACUUGGACCCUAAGAGACAUAUUCCAACCUUGAUUGUCAGACCUAGAGGCUGGCACUUGGACGAGAAGCACGUGUUGGUUGACGGUGAGCCAGUUUCUGGUGGUAUCUUUGACUUUGCCAUUUACUUCUACAACAACGCCAAGGAGACGCUUGCCCGUGGCUUUGGUCCAUACUUCUACUUGCCCAAGAUGGAGCACCACUUGGAGGCCAAAUUGUGGAACGACAUUUUCUGCCAGGCCCAGGACUACGUUGGUAUUCCAAGAGGUACUAUCAGAGGCUCUGUGUUGAUCGAGACUUUGCCUGCUGCUUUCCAGAUGGAUGAGAUCAUUUACCAGUUGAGACAGCACAUUGGUGGUUUGAACUGUGGUAGAUGGGACUACAUCUUCUCCUAUAUCAAGUCGUUGAGAAACCACAAUGAGUUCAUCUUGCCUGACAGAUCCCAGGUCACCAUGAGCGCCCCAUUCAUGGCCUCCUACGUCAAGCUCUUGGUGCACACCUGCCACAAGAGACAGGUUCAUGCCUUGGGUGGUAUGGCUGCUCAGAUUCCUAUCAAGGAGGACCAGGCAAGAAACAAGGCUGCUUUGGAGAACGUGGCCAAGGACAAGUUGAGAGAGGUUUUGGCUGGCUGUGACUCUUGUUGGGUUGCCCACCCAGCUUUGGUUCCUGUUGUGUUGAAGGUUUUCAACGAGCACAUGAAGGGUCCUAACCAAAUCAAUGUUCCUCCAAAGAAGCCAUACACUCCAAUUACUGCCAGAGACUUGUUGAGUCCAUUCGUGCCAGAUGCCAAGAUCACCGAGCAAGGUAUCAGAACCAACUGUAUCAUCGGUUUGUCUUACAUUGAGGCUUGGUUGCGUAACGUUGGAUGUGUUCCAAUCAACUACUUGAUGGAGGAUGCUGCCACCGCCGAGGUGUCCAGAACCCAACUCUGGCAGUGGGUCACCCACGGUGCUCACACCGAUGCUGGUAAGCUCAUUGACAAGGCUUAUGUUGCUAAGCUCUUGAAUGAGGAGUACGAGAAGUUGGUCAAGGCUGCAAAGCCAGGCAACAAGUUCAAGCCUGCAUUGGCAUACUUCAAGCCAGAGGCUUUGGGUGAGAAGUACUCGGACUUUGUCACUACCUUGAUCUACGACGAUGUCACCACUGUUGGCAGACCAGUCUCUGCUGAGAAGUUGUAA